ACCCGUCAUAAGCACCUUCAUCUCUCACCCCCCCCCCACGAGGAUACGGCAACUUUUUGUCUUCAUCAUCAUCAUCAUCAUCAUCAGAGUGCACUGCAGUGCUGUGCAUACGCAUCCAUCCACUCGUACAUAGGUACAUACAUAUACAUACCGCACAGCACCCCAGCAACGACUAGGCCCAGCUCAGCCAAAGCACAAAAUCCCCGAGUUGCCGCCAACAAGUUUGAAGCAUCCUCUGCAAUCCUCCCAGAAACACAGGCUCGAUUCGAUAUUUUUGCGUUUGCGUGUUUGUCUGUGUGCGCGUGUUUCUUUUUCCGGGAUCCAUCCGCAAUCCAUCGCCUGUUCUACUCUGCUCUGCUCUGCUCUGCUCUGUUCUGUUGGGCGUCAAGAAACGCAGCGAUUGUAUUGGUGCCCUAGACGAUCCAGCGUCCCCUGUCACGCAUCCCAUCACCCAUUCGAUCGGCAGACAGGCGGACCACCAUUUGAGGCCCGCUGCCCCUCCCCAAUUCUCUCUACCAUACGACACCUCCCGGCCUUAUCGAUUGCUGGCUGUUUCGUCUGUCUCAUCACCCCAAAUCCUUCCUCCUGAAGCGUAGGGAGAGCCGCAUACGGGGAGCCAGGACCAGCCCGCGCCCCCAGCCCGCCUCUUUGCGACGCAUCCUCGCCGUCACAUCACACUUCCCAUCCAGCCUUGCGCCGCUGCUGGAAACACUCCUUCGCUGCUGCUGCUGCUGCUGCUCAGCCCAGGUUCAAAUAGCGCCGACCGACCCCGCUACCGGCCAACCAGCCAGCCAGCCCACGUUGUUGCUUUUGCAGCUAACCAGUAGCUGCCCGAGCCCACCCAGUUCUCGCCCGUCUGUCUGCCUCUGCUCUGUUUACAAACACCUGGUUGGAACCAUCCACACCCCCGCAGUGUCUGUCUGUCUGCAACAAGGUUGGAGCAUCGAUACAUACAUCACCCCUCAACAGCAGCACCCGGCCAAGAACCUCCCAUCGACCCCGCCGUCAGCGUGCACCGUCAUCUCCCCGUCUCUGUCUGUCCAUCUGUCUGUCUGUCUGCCCUCUUCGCAGGACACCAGGUCCGUCUACACUACCAAUUUCUGUUCCAAAAGUUACCAUACUCAGCACGCUCUCCGGUAGAUCGCGCUCGAGUUCGGUAACCACUAGACAUCCAGCCUCAUGCCGUUAGUCAUUGCCCUUCCUCAUACUCGCCCUGUUGAGUCCCGGCGGUCGCUUUCGCACCGUCCUGUCCGCAGCCGCACAGCUUCCUCUUCUUCCUCUCGUAUCCCCCCUCCAAGCGCAACUUCCUCCCGCAUUCCCCCUCCAAGCGCUUCUUCCUCCCGCACUUCUCACCAGACCGCUUCUUCUUCCUCCUCCUCUCGCCUGACCCGGCAGAGCAAUUCUUCUUCCCGCAUCUCCCGUCAGAGUGUCUCUUCCCACGUCUCUCGCCGGCGCCCUUCUCCCACCAUCUCGAUUUCUCCUGACCCGUCUGAUCGAGGCGACACUAACGUCGACAUUUCUUUUAGGAGACAAAUCCACAUCAACACUUCAACAGGCUCGGCCGAAAACUACCACCACUACUCCGACGAGGAAGAGGACUCCUCGGGUGUUCAGGUCUCAUCCGGCAGUCAAGACGACGAGUACACUGACUCCGACGACGAAGACGAAGAGGAAGACUGGGACUACAUUGAUGACAUUGGCCCCUCCGACUCGGCCUCACGUCCUCGUGCGAAGCACCACGCCAUCCCCCCUCCCGCUGUCUCCGCUCCUCGCUCUCACACCUCGCGCCGCAAACCUACACGCCACGUAGCACCGCCAGUGAGCGACCCUCCCUCGCGCUCUCGUAGCAGACACACGCUGGAUCGCGAACAUCGGCCGCGGCGCCGAAGGGCUCCGUCCAGUCACUCAGACGAGCUGGACGGUCACGACGACUACCCCUAUGGGGGCCGCCCUGGGCAGCCUCCCCAUCAUCCCAGCGCUCAGUGGGGUCACGUUCCCCAAGCUCCACCUAGUGGUUAUGCACCGAGCAUGAUGUCGGAUCCUCGAUACAAUCCGUUCCAAGGCGGUGCACCACCUGCGCCGAACCAGCUUGUCCCUUUCGGCAGCCCGGACCCCUAUGGCUACAAUCAAAAUCCUUUCGCUCCCGGAGGUCAAAAUCCCUUUGCACAUGCGCCGCCAGCCCCCGGUGGCGGCCCAGCCGGUUACUUUGAUGCUCACGCGCCUCCUCCUCCGCACGAUAGACGCGCCCCUCGCAACAGUCGAUCUCAUCGCAACUCAAUGCCCGCGCAGCCACCUCCCCCAAAUGGUGAGAUGAUGCCCUACCAAUUCAACAACAACAAUGGAUAUUACCCGCCUUACGGCAUGCCACCCUACGGUAUGCCUGGGAUGCCCCCGCCGGGAAUGUACUCUCCAUACCAAGGGCACAAUGCCUCUCCACCGCCACCACAUGGUCACUCUCACCGUGGAACGCCGCAUCCUCACCCAGAUCCAGGUAUGGACAUAGGAAUGGGUCCUCCACCGCCUCCUCCUGGUGCACCUCUUCCACCUGCUUCCGCCCCUCCGCCGCAGGUCGUCACAAUGCCGCCAACAGUGGUCCAGCCUCCUCCGCCAGACAAGGACGAGGGUGUGCUCUCCAAGCUCGAGCAGCUACUGCUCAACAAACAGGUGGACGACGAAAAGAAAGCAGAGGAUGCCAGGUUCUCUAAAUUGGAGCAGCUCCUUGUUGAGCAGCAAAAAUCCCGCAUCGAGAAGGACGCCGCUAAGAGGAAGGCGGCAGAUGAAGCGGAGAUCAAGGCGGCUGAAGCGAAGAAAAAGGGAGACGAGGAUAAGCUUGCCAAACUCGAGUCGCUCAUCUUGGCCCAGAAAGACGAGCAGCUGAAGCGCGAGGCGGCGGUCGAAGCCCAACGCGCUGCAGAUAAAGCUGAACACGAUGCCAAGGUCGCCAAAGAGGCCGCGGAAAAGAAAGCUCAAGCGGAAGCCGCGGCGCAAUUACUCGAGGCGGCCAAGAAGGCUCGCGAAGAGGCCGAGGCAAAAGCAGCAAAGGAAGCAGAAGAGACAAAGGCGGCCCACGAGAAGGCGCUUGCUGAAGCCAAAACCGCCGCCGAGGAGCUGGAGAAAGCGAAGAAGCAAGCAGAGGAAGAAGCAGCCAAAUUGAAGCCAAGCGAUGCGCCCAAGCCACCCAUCAAGUUCAAGGAUGCCGUUGGGCGCAAGUUUAGUUUCCCCUGGCAUUUGUGCAAAACGUGGAAGGGCAUGGAAGAGUUGAUCAAGCAGGCCUUCCUCCACGUCGAUGUCAUUGGUCCGCAUGUGCACGAAGGUCACUACGAUCUAGUUGGUCCCGAUGGCGAGAUCAUUCUCCCUCAGGUUUGGGAGACGAUGGUUCAGCCGGACUGGGCCAUCACCAUGCACAUGUGGCCGAUGCCCGAGCCUCCACCGCCUCCGAAAGCACCGGAGCCGAUGCCUAUGGUUGAGAUGGUGUAUCCGGGGCCGCCGCCCAAGGUCAAGGGGAAGGGUGGAAAAGGGAAAGACAAACAGUCAAAGCAGCUUGAGGCGAGGCAUCGAAGGCCCCGCUGGUAGCGAGUCAGUCUUGGUCGCGUGCGCCAUGUGCACCAAGAUGUGAUCAGAAUACUGGUAGCGAUUCCUACCGACGUCCCGCGUUACAACUUACGAGUCGCUUGCUUUCCCCUCGUCGUUUUUU